AGCGUACAAGCCUUCGGCAAUUGAAGACUUCUUCAGGGCCACCAGGAGCGUUCAAGCGUUCGUCCACAAUUAGCAACGGCUGCAAGCAAGUCUGCAACGCCGACCUCUCCAUGGCCCAGGUGACCAGACGACCACCGUCUAGGGACUAGGUCCGCCACCCGCCACCCGCCACCGCAGUACUGCAGCACGCCAGUCGCCCGAACCGCAGUCCGCACCAGCCACCAGUGCAGCAAGUGUCUACCGUCUACGGCCUCUGCUCACUGCCUCUGAAGCUGUGAAGCAGGACUUGCCGUAAGGGUUCUUUAUAAAUUGCAAGGCAGAACGCAUAAACCCUGAAUUCGACAAUGGAGUCAUUGCCGGGGAUUAAAGAGUCAAACUUUAACGAAGUCGGCGAACAAACAUUGCAUGACUUGAAGUUGGUGCCAUGGUUAAACUGGGAAGAGUGGAGUAUCAUUGCAGAUUCCCUUUUCUCUUCUACUCCGCUUUCUGUCUAUUCUGCUCUUCUAAGGAUUUCGACUUGGAGGAACAGAGGGUGCAUUCCGGUAGCCAUUGAUGUUACAGCUUCUAUCAUCGAAAUUCAGCAAAAAGAUCCAUUUUUCAGAGAUAAUGUACCUAAAGGUGCUCAGCUGUCAGAAGAAAUUCUGACUAUGCUAUAUUCUAUGGCAAUAACCAGGUUUGUAAAUGGAGUUAUUGAGAAGAAUCGCAAGAAAAAUGAGAUUUCGAUAGCUGAGGCAGCUGAUGCAAUUGGCAUCCCCCGUAUGGUGAUUGAUGUUCGACAUGAGGGUUCUCAUCGUGAUCUUCCUUCACUUAAAUUGGCUCGCCUUGCCUCAACAAAGGCACUUGAUUGGUUGCAAUCAUACUACUGGAAGCCUCAAAGAGAUGCCAUCAAGAGGGAUCAAACUACCAAAUUUCAAAAAGAAACAAGGGACAAGUUGCAUGAAUUGGCUAAUUGUUUGAAAGAAAAGGAAAAUGGCACAUUAUGCUCUUUUACCAAGAAAAAAAGUCCUAUGAAACCAGUUACCAAGUAUUUGAAGAAUAUUCUUCGGUUGUAUUAUUCGUCCUCUUCGGAAGUGGUAUCGGUGCUUUUGGAAAUGUUGCUUAAUGCAUUAGAUUCUUCACAUUUAGCAGGUCAGCCAGAUUGUGCUGAAACAGUCAAUGGAUCUCUUGGUAUAGAUGCUAUAUUUGAUGAUUGGAAACCUGUUCUUACAAAGUUAUCAAAGAAAGCAUCAGACUUUCUUGUUAUGUUUCUUAGAGGAAUCCUUGAUAAAAUUGAGAUACUUGCAGCCAUGGAGUCUCAAGUUGGUAAUGCAACCGUUUCUCGCCAAAUCCAACGGCUCUCUCUCCUGCUUGAAUCAUUAGCAGUGAAUAUGAAAUCUUCAGAGGAUCUUGUUCUGCAAAAGGCAAAUCUACAUGCCGUUUUAUGCAAAUGUCUUACAUUGUCCUCUCACGGAAACAAGCAUCUGAUGUCUUCAUCUGUUAUUCUUGCAAGCCUGUUAGGAAAUAUCCCUUUGCUUGAUAAGCUGAAAAAGCUCUCUUUGCUGAGUGUGUUUGAAGAGUCAGAUCCACCUACUGUACAAUCCGAAAUCUUCCUCUCGAGGCAAGAAGAGUCUCUUCAUCAGGCUGUCAAGAAGCUUGAAUUGAUUAAGCUCAGGUCAUUGAAGGGUAAAAAGGUAAAUGAGAGUCCGAACCGUGCGGUCGUGGGGAUCCGUCGAUGGGUUGUAGUUGAUUCUUGGAAACCAUGUCCCAUAGGCAUGUUGCCUCAUGAUUUUGGUUUUUCAGGCCGCCUUCCUAUUCUUGAUUGCAUUCAAGUUUCAGAACCAUCAAGCCCAAAUAGUAAUUGCGGAAAGAGGGUGGCAGAUAUUGCUGUCCAAUGUUUAGACAGUUCAGCUCAUAAGAAAACCAGAGAAGCUGAAUCAGAAGACAUGUAUGAAGCAGAUGAGAAUCAGAACAAAAUGUCUUCUUCGGGUAUUAAGGGAUGUUUGAUGAUUGGUGGUGACUGGAAAAAAAUUAGUAGUGAAGAGUUGCUAGCCUUUGCUUCAUCUGUGAGGAUAUUGGUUUAGCCUUUGCGUUCAGAGUUUUUGUGUGUGUUUACUUUUAUCGACUGCCAGCCACUCUGCCACAACCAAAUGGACUUUGACGACCAUGAAUGCCAUUAAAUAUCUGAGUAUAUAGUAUAUUUAUUAUUUAAUGUCAGUAUUGAUUGGUUUUAUAUUACGUGUUUUUUUAUUUUGAUUCUAGGUAAAGAAAAAGUAUUUUUAAUUUGAGUUUUCUCUUACCGCUUUAUAGAACUUCUAAUGGAGUUUUUGAAUAUGUAAAUUUUAUUCCCUAAAAAAUCUAAUUGUGGGCAGGGAUCAUUUAACUUUAUAGUUAAUCAAACAUAGUAAAUUGUGUGGGAACUUGUGUACACUGUAGAGAGUACAUUUUCUAAGAUGAGUUUCUCCAAA